AUGUCUCAAGCAGACGGUCCCACUCUCAAGGCCAUCUUCAACACAGGAUUUGCUCUCUCACAAGUAAUAUCCAAGAAAUUAUCUUCAUCUGAGCCUGUAUCUCAAAGUCACAUGUCCAUCUUUUCUUCAACCCCUGGCCUUCCCACUGAUCUUGCAACUCCACGUCCCAAGAAAACAAAGUUCCCAGGCCCCGCAACCCAGCUUCUCAAUGAAUUAUUCGAAGAACUUGAUGAAAUCGAAGCAGUCGAGUCAAUCGAAGAUUCUACCUAUGUUAAUGUCGACCACGCGCGAAAGAGAGCUGGUAGACUAGGACAUAGACCUAGACCUAGAAUCGAAUCAUCUUUCAAGAGUAAGUCAUUAAAUGGUCCACAUCAAUCAGCAAGUUCCUCCGAUCAUUUUAUGAAUUCCUCGGUCGAAUAUUCACAUCUCACUGUCAGCCCCGAAGAGGAUCUUCAAAAGCUCGCAGACAGAUUCGGAGAGAUUCAAUCUAGGAACAAACAAAUCAUCGAAGCCGACGACGAGACUAUCUGGAACUCUCUUCCAGAUCUGAAUACCGGAUACUUUUCACGCUACGCUAAAGUUCAAGGUUCUGCUAAAGCCUAUGAGCAGGGAUUCCAAGAUACUUUAAAGAAGGAAAAGGAGAUCUAUGAAUCUACACCUGGUUUCAUCAAUAAGCAGAUACCUGGUCUUAGUGCCACUGAAAUGCGCAAACGAAUUCCGAGAUUGAUUAUUGCUGAAGCAGAAUACGAAUGCGAUGAGGAGGAUGAAGAUGAGAAAUCGGCAAUCCAGAUCCUCGAGGCACUUUUCAAGGAGUUAGCGGAGAGAGAAGCUAGUACUGAUGAGAGUCAGUGGAAGAGUGCUAGACAGAUCAUUGAGGAGGUGGAAAACAAGGGCCAGGAUAGCAAGGAAGGACAAGCCGUUGCGAAAGGAGAUAGAGAGGACAAAUCUGAAAAGUGCUAUGGUUCCAACCAUGAUAACCAUAAGUCUCGUGAAAUAAAUAUCUUUUCAGAUUUCGCCGAACAAACAGACGAUGAGAUUCGAAAGUAUUCUGCUAUAACCCAACAAUACAUUAAAGACGGAUGUAGAACUAAGGGGCUUGAUGAGAUUCUCGAGAAAGAUGAGGGGGAGCUGGUACAAUCAAAAAAGCCAAAUGAAGUCGAACCAGAAGUUACUCCUCCCCCCGAGGUCGACGAAAAGGACGAGAAAGAAAUCACAGAACUGCAACAAGAUCCCUGCAAAGUCUCACCCGUGACGGAAUCUCCCAAAGUCAAUAAAAAGGACCCAAUUCCACAGGAGCAGCCCAAUAUAGAAGGAAACACAAAGGAAGAUGAAGACACCCAGAACUCUGCACAGGAUAAUAAUACUCCUGAAAAUCAAAACUUGCAUGUUGCUAUUGCUGAAAGUGUCGAUGAGGUUGCAAGCGUCAGUUCUAGUACCAUCUCGGAUUCUACUUCUUCUAUUGAUGGAAGCGUAUCGGAGGAGGAAGAUGAGAUGCAAUUUGGUAUGGCGGCGCUGGCUACAGGGGUUAUGGUUGCUGCACUAUGGAUGAUUGAGAGGAAGACGGGAGUUUGUUAG